AUGGCGCGUAGCGUAUUCCCCGGCGUCGCUCUCAUCACCGGAGCCGGCGGCACAGAAUUCUCUGAACCGGAAUGGAAAGGCAUCGGAGCUGCCGUCACCGGAUCCUUUGCCCGCAGUGGAUGUCCCCGAACAGCCCUGACGGACUUGAACGCAGAGACCCUCGACAGCACAAGCGAGACGGUCCGCGCCGUCAACCCGGGCAUUCAAGUCUUCGCGCAGGCAGGGGACAUCAGCCAAGAGGGCUUUGUCGAGUCUUUUGUGCGAGAGUCCAUCUCCCGUCUGGGCGGCCGCAUCGACUACUCGGUGCAGUGCGCCGGGGUUCUCGGCCGCGACGCCCGGUCUCACAAGGUGGCCACGAACGAGUUCGACCUCGUCGACGGCGUCAAUUACAAGGGCACGUGGCUCGUCGUGCGCGAGGUGCUACGCCAGUUGACGACGCAGACUCCGCUGGAUGGACAUCUGAAGCAGAGGGGUGCCGUGGUCAAUAUCGCCAGUCAGCUGGGCGUUGCUGCCAUAAUCAGCAUGACCAAGUCGGACGCCAUCGACUAUUCACAGGACGAUAUACGCGUCAACUCGGUGGAGGUUGCCCCUGCUGGUGCCGUCAUGUUUCUGUGCUCCUCCCAGGCCUCAUUUAUACAGGGUCAUGCCUUGGUUGUGGAUGGUGGCUACACCAUCAACUGA